CUUCGACCAAUCAGGAGCGGCCACAGUGUCUGGCAACAACACCGCAGACGUCAACCCAUUUCGACAGACGACUACUUUCCCACUGCAACUCUCGUUUGUGUCUACUUCUUUCGUCACCAAACUAUUAUUCCAUUCGUCAUUUAUUUCGAUGUUGUUGUUUGUUUUUGUUUUGAAGCAGUAAGACGGCGUGCACUUUGUAGCAAGGCGCAUUAUUAGCCAGACGUAAGGAGAACACAAAAUGGAGGUGGGAGACUCUCCAGGAAAGACCAUGACUAUCUUGAUCAAAACAGCCAGCCAGGCUGUGGAGGACCAGACCGUCGACGGCGUCCAUUGGAACUGGACGGUGAAGGAGCUGAAGACGCAUUUGUCCGUCGUUUAUCCAACAAAACCGACUGAGUCUGACCAGAGGCUUAUUUUCGCUGGCAAACUGCUACCUGACCAUCUUUCCAUGAGAGAUCUCUUCAGACAGACUGACUUAAUUCCAAUGUUGCAUUUAGUCUUUGCCGUCAGGACGCAGAAGCAAUCACCUGAGGAAGAAAGACCGCAGGAGACAGAGCAGCCACAUCUCUCCCUGCCUUCACCGAGUCCCAGGAGUACAGCAGUGCUGAGGCAGAGAAGGGAGACUUCUUCAAAUCCAGCAGCGACUCAAGUAAACACGCAAUCUCCAGCACCACCUCAACAUGCUCCUGCGUGGCCUGGAAACUCGGUGCCUGCUACAUCCCCGAUGACCCAAACAGCGUUCCCAGCCUACUCUCUGUACAGCCCCCAACAACUUCUGUGGCUCCAACACGUCUACGCUCAGCAGUAUUUGAUGCAAUACCACGCAGCCUUGGCAGCAGCUGGCACAGCCCCCUCUGUAUCACCUGCGACCGUUGGCCAACUCCCUGCUGUCCACGCCCAUCAGGUACCUGUACCAGCACCUAUAGCCAACCAGAACCACAUCCACAUACAACCAGCAAAUCAGAAUCCGGCACAGGACGGUGCCUUCAUUGACCCAGCCAUAGCCAAUCAGAACAUGAGAAUGAAUGCUCAAGGCGGGCCUGUGAUGGAGGACGAAGAAGACCUGGAACGAGACUGGCUGGACUGGCUGUACUCUGCUGCCAGGUUGGGGGUGAUGCUCAUGAUCGUGUACUUCAACUCCAGCCUAAGUCACUUCCUGCUGGUGAUGGCCACCCUUUUCAUCAUGUACCUUCACACCACAGGCUGGUUCACUUUAAGAAGGCGAGAGCAGGCCCCAGGACCCAACCAGCUGCAUCCCCCUGAAGUCCAAAACAACCAGGAGAAUGAGAACAGAAUCCCAAAUCCUGCUGCUGAGCUUGGAGAAGGACAGAUGGAAGGUGCUGCAGACAACCAGCAGCCAAUGACUGCUGUGCUGGUGCCUCCAAACAGGACAUCCAUCAUGUGGACAGUCUGGGUUUUCGUAAAGACCUUCUUCUCCUCGCUCAUACCUGACGGUCGUCACGGUGUGGCCAACUGACCUCAACUUUCCCCAAACGGACUUGAGGCCAAGUUAGCAAUGGACUACUUCAUGCGGUGGAAGGAAAAACUCCAACUUGACCAAAAACUAGUGAAUGUUGGACUUUGUCAUUAAAAACCUGUAACCAGAACACUUGGCUGUGUCUACAAAAAACAGUUUGUAAGUGCAAUACUGUAUGUAAUACUUGGAAUUGUUCAUGGUGUGUGGAACUUAUUGGCCUUCAGACUGUUUCCCUCCAAAAGCCUAAAUCUAAAUGUGCCAAUAGAGCAAAGAGCAAUUUGAAGCGUACAUCAGCACCAUGAGUGAGGAGUUUAGCUCCACACCGCCAUUUGUAAGGUAUUGUUAAAUGUUUGCGCUUGAAAGAGGAGGAAUAUGUUUUACAUUUGAACGCCAUCCUUACAGGCCAAACAAAAUGUUGUGAAUGGCCUAAUUUGGCCCGUGAGCACCACUUUGGGCCCCCCUGCUUUAAGGUUUCAAAAAUAAAGAUGUUGGGACUUUUUAUGGGAUUACUUACAGCAGUCUCAGAAUUAAAAGCAGUGAUCUACUGA